GGAAUAAAUUGCAUUGACACGCGUUUGUAGAUCGGACAGGAAAAGUCAUACAAAGUACAGCGGAUAGAGAUGUCCAUGAACGUACGUGAUGACUGUCGUGACAGCAUGAGACGUGCGCAGAACACGGCCAACCAAAGCGUAGUAGUAAUCGUGUCAACUUUCUUAGAUCAUAAACACCAGUUUUACCUUUCCAUAGCGCUCGUUGUGGCGGACGUCUUAGGUUAUUCACUAGCGAAAGCACUUCUGGGGCCUUGCCCGACGAGAUCUAUAGUCUUCAUAAAGCUUGCCUACAGCACAUGCACCCCUGCUCCUUGCCACAGCAGUCUGUCCAGCAGGCCAGGGCGAGCUUGAAGGGCGUCCCGGCGCGGCCUAUGUCCAGCUCCAACUACUCUGCAGGGCGUCCGAAGAGCAGCAAUAAGCGCAGUGUUGCAGAGCUUGAGCGUCCGGGUUCGGCGCAGGCGACUGCUCACCAUUCGCAGAUGCAGCCAGAGCCGAUACCGCUGAAGUAUGUAGUCCAGGAGGCGGUGAAGCGGUGGUUUGAGGACACGCUCCAGGAAGCUCAAAGGGGGGAUGUGAAGCAGCAAGCGCUGCUGGGUGAGAUGUACAAGGAGGGCUACGGCUGCCAAAAGGACGCCCGGGCUGCCAAGGAGUGGGCAGAGAAGGCUGCGGCGCGGGGUUACAAGAUGCAGGGUGUGUACUGCGAGCUAUAAACCUGUUGAAUGCAACUGCGCCGUCGUUGUACUGCGCUGCUCGUCUCGCAGUAGGUUUGCUGGGUAGCACGGCGGGGCAGACAUUCUCAAACCCGCGCGGUGGGGCCUGGUAGGGUGUAUCCGUGGGAGGCGAGCGUGUAGGCUUCUUCAGGUUGCGUAGAUAGGGGACGAUCCACGGCAUAAAUGUUAACGCUUGUAGGAAGAAAAGGUGUGACCGUAUGUUUUGCAGCGCUGAAGCCGAUUGCUUUUGGUCACCAGCUUCAUUCGCACAUUGUAUGUUUGCUUAAGUCCGGAGUGGGGUAAAAAGCCCUAAUGUAGGCAUGUUAUGUUGGGGAGGUUAUGCACUGAAAUGACAUUCAUGUACGGAUACAAUUCACUUCGAAGGAAGUUUACAUACAUAACAUUGUUUUGGAGUUCGUUAUCAUUCGGACUUCAGGCGAUAGCUGGGGCUAAGGGGCCCUGUCGAACGGUGUUUUGUUGUUACUGCUAGAGUGUGUUACGCGGUACCACGGCAUCGACAAUUAUACCCGCACCUUUCUUCAGCCCUAUCCUGUUGUAAUCAUGGCAUGGGCUGGCUUUGGUAGAUGUUGGUCAGCGCAAGCAGAAAGCAGUUUCAUCCUUGCUAUUGAGGAACAUGG